CGGCUAAACCUGCUUCGGGGAUCGACAGGCCAGCCGGAGAGGAGCACAUCCGUCCGGUCCUGCCCUCAUGGUGCUCGGUGCAUGUGGCUAUUGUGGACUCGCUUCACGUGUGGACGAACGUCUUUCCACCGGAUUGCGAUGAUGAUAUGGCCGUAAAGCCUUCACUACCAGCGCAGGAAUACGGUUGGAUUACGACUCGGACACUGGAUAAGCACUCGCUCGGGUGUUUUUUUUUUUUUUUUGUUACAUCCACUGCGCGCCACGCGUUUCUGGUUUGGAGAUGAGCAGGGCGUUCAGAUCCAGGAACGUUUUAUUUGUUGCCGUUGCGCUUUUGGGCACUGCGCAUGGUUUCAUCCGGCAGACCUCGGAGAAGUAGGAAGAAAAGUCCUAGGAUGGGGAUCACUUAUCGGAAAGUGAUUCAUAUUAUAUUUUAUCAAUAAGCUUAACAUCCCUUGUAAAUAUCAGAUUUAUUCUAACCUGCAGAUUGAAAACACAUAAGGAAGCUUUUGGGUUUAGGAGAAAACGACUGAAAUGUUUGAACAUGUUAAACUGCAUCAUAAUCCAAGUAUGUUGCAUUUUGAUUUGUGCAGUUUAAGUAGAUGUAUUAUCUAAUAUAUAUUCCCUGUCCACUUUCUUUACCUUUAUUCUGAAAAAGGAUCGAUUCAACCUGGCACUGUAUCAGACAUAGUUAUAUAGAUGGAUACUUGCACGGUAGAAAUGCAGCUUGUAUUUUUUCUUCUUUGAUAGUUUUAGAUUCUCAAAUUAUUGCCCAGCUUUGAACCUGCAUGUGGCUGCUGUUUUACUACUUGAGUGUUUAACUUAUUUUGUAUAGCUUUCUGGCUGAUAACCUGGUUCUGCAGUCUGUUUUCCUAAAUAAGCAACGUACCGUUACCACAUCUAGAAGCUGUGAAACUAAACAUGAGUAACUUUGACACAUUGGAGAUGGUCAGUCUAACCUUCAGGAUGGAUAUGAGUGUAGAUAACAAAGUGGGUUAUAAGGAUUUAAAAUAAAAUAGAGAAAAAUGGCUUGAAAUGGGCAGAUCUGUCCUGCUUAAUUCAGUAUAUUUUACUUCUAUAUUAAGUAUUCUUUUAUAUAUACAAUAUUAUUUGCAUUUAUGGCAUUUGCAACUGCAUCAGCUGCCUCAGCAAUAUUUUUAAAGCAUGGGUUUAAGCUCAGGUGUUGCAGGUGUCGUCGUUUUCUUUACCUGAGUGGAUGUUAAUGAUGUCACCAUAUGAUUCAGUCAGUUUAAUGAUGCAGUGUUGCGUUCAGGCACUGAGUCAGCCUGUCAGAGCAGCGUGCAAGUUGGGUCAGUCAACAGAUCUAUUAACCUGACAGUCAGAGAGCCAGUCAGUAAGAUAAAUAUUUGUCCCUUCAGUCAGGUUGCUAGAAAGUUCAGUGUCGACCGAGUUAUCAGGUCAGGCUGUUCUUCAUCCUGCAAGUCAGGAAGCAGGGAUGAGUUUAGCCAGUGCACCGGUCUCACCUGAACAGAUAUCUCCUAUUGUCAGCAGUGAAGGUGAACGGUAUUUUCAGCACAGCUCAACCCGUCAACAAAGUCCUACUUUCUGCCCGCCACGAUUCAAAUGUCUUCUCAGAGAUCAUUUGUUAGAGGCGUAUCUCUGUUACGGUGGGAUCUGUGUAGAUUUGCAUUUGCAUGCUCUCAUAGGAACCGUCGCUUCUCCGUUUAACGUCGACAUCACCGUCUACCGCACUUGUAGUUAAUUAUACAUUUACAUGGGUUUUCAGAGACUUGUAUUUCCAAGAGCGUAAGCUGUGCAUCCACACCUGGCCUGAAAAUGCCCAUUAUGCAUCUCCCAUGGCUAUAUUUAUUUAAAUCUGGGCCUGUGUUCCUUUUUCCACGCUCUGCUGCUGCAUCUCUUUACAUCGCGCUAACAUGCUUGCUUUGAAUCAAGACUGCACAAUAUACAAUGCAGAAUUCUUUAUUAUAUAAAAAUUAUAAUUCUUUAUCUAGUUUGGAAGCUCCACUAGUAGCAAUUUAAGUCCAUUUCAGCUGUUGUGUGUCCACUGUUCUGCCACACAAGUUGAUUGUGGUUGAAUAAACUGCAUUUAUUUAGAUCCAACUUUUUUUUGGAGCAAUCAAGUCUGAGCAGGAACUGAAAUUAGAUUUUUUUGGAAGGCUGAUUGUGAUUUCUGUACUUCAAGGCAACCGUCUGCAUGUGUGUAACUCUCAGGUAUUUCCCCGUUUGCUAAUAAAGCACUGCAGAGAAUGAUUUGACAGAGCAGUGAUUAAUGUUUGGGAGUGUCCUGGUACAGUAGCAUGAUAUUUCUGGACUCGAGACCAACCGGUGUUUGCAUGUGAGGUCCCACGUUUGUUUGUAGACACUUUAUCUGUCACAUAAGAUGUUACUGUCUCGCCAGUGAGAUCAGAUAAUCAGAUUUAAGAGUCAGUGUUGUUUUUUGUGGGGUUUCUGCCUCUGAUGACUUUCCUUAAAUCUCAGGAAGGCUCUCAGGAUUGAAUCGGAAAACAUGUGACAACUAAUUGAUUAGAUGCAAGUUUUAAAACGUCGGCUUUUAGAAACAACUCUUCUGGCUGUUUCUUGUUGGGGUCAUGGAGCCUGCAGUGUAAUCUUAUGAGUAAACUCCUUUAUAUGUAGUGUAUUUUUCUUACAUUAGCAUGACAACACUGUAUCUUGCUGUCCACGUACUUGCAGCUCUUAUUUUCAAGCUGAAUGCUGCAGUUUUUGUGUACAUACUUGCAUUUCCUAGAUUGCCAACAUCAGGAGAAGUACAGCGGAUUAAAGGUCACAACCACAAAAUGCAAACCCUACCAUUCAGCGAUGCGGCGUGCAGAAAGCUGCUACUUCUGAGCACUGAGGAACUCUGUCAGGAGGCCACAUGGCUGCUUCCACACUCUCCUGCAGUCAGGUGGCAGGUAGUCAGCAUCAUCUCAGAGCGUGGAGUCCCGCCAUUAGGAGGAAGUCCUGUCAGACUGUGAGGAGACAGUGGCCGCUGCCUCACAGGUCACAGGUGUAUGCUGGUAGUGAUCGUGUGGUGCAGCAGGCCAGUCUUGGCAGCAUGGUGAAGGUCCAGAAGUCAGCUGGGAGGAAGAGCUCUGAUUGUCUCCGCAGACAGACUGGUGGACAGACAGAGAUGGAGCUCCAUUCGGACACCCAGCGUCCACCACAGGUACAACCCAGAGGAGGAGACCAGUCCUCCGAUCAGGCCCCUCUCCAGACCUCUGAUUCCGCUGAGGUGCUGUUAGAAACCUGGGACCAGAGGGAACCUCCAGUCGACGGCCAGGACCCCGCCAACGGCCAGUCCAAGCCUCUGUGGAAGCCCAUUCCUCCUCUGCUACCUGCGCCCCACAGGAACGCUAACGGUCGGACCAGGGACCAGAGCUGCCAGACCGAGGAGCUGUUCCUGCAGACCGGCGCCUGCAGCCAAGGCCUCUGCGUGGAGCCCGGUGAUCCUCCUCUGCUCCAGCAGCCUCUGCAGACCUCCAAGUCUGGGAUUCAGCAGAUAAUUGAAUGCUUCCGAUCCGGCACCAGCCAACUCAAACACAUGCUCCUGAGGGAGGUGGACACCAUCUUCGAGUGUAAACUGUGCCGCAGUCUGUUCAGAGGCCUGCCCAACCUCAUCACACAUAAGGAGUACUACUGCCUGUCGCGGCUGCCCGAACCCGACGGUUCAUCGGGUGACGACAGACAGAGUGUAGCCAUGAAGGAUUUAUUAGACGCCAUUUAUCCCAGAAACGAGCGGCCAGACUACGUGGUGCGACUGGAGCCCAUUCAAACCACCACCAAGGCUGUGUUCCAGUACAUCACCACAGAGGAGGAGCUGGCCAGAUACCCUUCACACACACCCAGUGCCAGAGAGAGUCCAGUCGCUUGGGAAGGAGAACCAGUGGAGGGUGUGGACAACAACCAGGCCAACCAGCCAGGUGGAGCAGAAAACCAGAGCAGCCCUGGACCCAACCAGGGACAGAGGAGAUGGGAGCCCGAGGAGGAGGCUAAAGAGGAGCCGUCAAAGCCUGAAGACGAGGGCUCCAACAGCGGGGUUGAGGAUGUGACAAUCUCCUGUUGUCUGUGCGGCCAAGACUUCAACUCACGUCGCAGCAUCAGACGUCACUGCCGCAAAAUGCACCAGACAAAACUGGAGGAGCUCAGAAAAUUUACGGAGACGCGCACAGUUCCUACAAGCCUGCUCUCCAUGGUGAAAGAUGGUGGAGGUCGCCCGAGGACUCUGAGCACACCCACCGGGAAAUCCUGCCCGGUGUGCCUCAAAACCUUCGCCACCAAAGCCAACGUACGCCGGCACUUCGACGAGGUGCAUCGCGGUCUGCGGAGGGACGCCAUCACGCCCAGCAUCGCCUCGCGGCCCGGCCAGCCCUUCACGCUGGAAGUCACGCCUCCCAGGAAGACCAGCAACGCAUCUCCGACACGAGCCCCCAGCUCCAAGACCACCCCUGUGAACUCUAAAGCAACCCCUUCGAACCAAAACCAAGCCAAACCUCAGACUCAACCCCCAGCCGCUCCACAGGCCAACUCCACCUCAUGUCGCUGCACGCUCUGCAAAAGGAACUACAGCUCUCAGCUCAUGUUGAAGAGACACAUGCGUAUCGUCCACAAGAUAUACAGCAUCAAAAGUAACAGGUCUGCACCCACGCCGACGCCGACGACUGCAGCAGCCACCCCUACCAGCAGCAGCAGCAGCAGCGGUAACAACAGCAGCAAUAACAGUACCAAUACCGUGGCUCCCAGCAACAACGUCAGAGUGAAGGAGGAAGCCGUGGAGCCCUCGGACGACGAGGACGAAGAGGACAUCGACAGCAGUCCGGUCCCGUCUCCUAGCGACGGCACCGUGGCAACUAAAGGAGUUCCUGUGGUCCAGAACGCUUUGAAAGUGAAGGAGGAGGAGCCACCGUCGAGCCCCAAGAUGACGCCAUCUUUACCCUCAUCGUCGUCCUCGUCCUCUCGUGGGAGCAACAUGUCCGGCGGCGGCGCUGGCAAAAUGACCAAAUUGUCAGUGGGCUUCGACUUCAAGCAGCUCUUCUGCAAACUGUGCAAGCGACAGUUCAGCUCGCGUCAGAACUUAACGAAGCACAUCGAGCUGCACACGGACGGCAACGACAUCUUCAUCAAGUUCUACCGCUGUCCCCUCUGUCGCUACGAGUCUCGCCGCAAGCGUGACGUCCUGCGCCACGUCACCGUCGUCCACAAGAAGUCGUCCUCGUACUUGGCAAAGAUCAUGCCCAAGCUGGAGAGCCGGGCGGUGAAGAGGUUAGCGGAGGCCGUCCUCAACAGCACCAACAAAAGGACGAGCAGCAGCGUCAAAGAGGAGGUGAACGGACGCCACGUCUCUUCCUCGCCCUCCUCCUCGCCCUCACCUCCCGUCACUCGCAAGCAGGAGUGCUCCACAUCCGCUUUGACCCCGGCCUCAGCCUCCUCUUCCUCCUCGUUGUCCUCCUCUUCGUCCUCCUCCGUCCCGCCUCCCGCCGCCGCCACCCGGAAACAGCAGGAAAUCUCAUCGCCCGUCUUCACGCCGUCGCCCCCCAUCACCCGCAAGCAGGAGAGACAGCAGACCCACCAGCACCGACCCGUCAGUCCGCCGCUGACCCGCCGCAGCGAAAAACACUCCCAUCAGCGCAGCUCCUCCUCCUCCACCGCCUCCUCCAGCAGCCAGACCCCCCACACCCGACGACACGACACCCAAUCAGAGAGCAGCUCCACCACGUCCUCCACCGAGGUCAGGGUGACCAAGAAUUUCUCCCUUCAUGCUUGUGAUCAGUGUGGACGGGCCUUUGCCAAGAAGUUGUACCUGGAGUCUCACAAGCGAAGCCAUCGUAACGCAGCGACGGCGGCGGCCAGCAGGAGGAAAGGAGUCAGCACUCGCUCCAAAUCCCUGGUCUGGUGAAACACAGCACGGCCGGAGAUAAACGACAAGCGAGUCCCUAACACUGACAAAGCAAAUCCAAACAUUCAACUGGAAAAACAACCGAAGAACGGACGGAGCAAGCGCAGACGACGGGAAAAUGAAGGAAGCAAACAAAGAGGAACGAAGGAUUUUUAUUUUCCACCUUUUUGCUUAUGAACCAAAAAUGUUGUCGGAAUCUUCUUGUACAGUUUCAUGAUGGAGCCGGAUUGAGGCGCUGCUAUCCACACAGAGGACUGUAGUGAAGAAGAGGAUUCACUACUGCUGUAUAUAUCUGUAUUUACUCAUGAAUAUGGAUGCAUAUGCAGGUUCGUACAGAAAGUGUGUGAAUGAGAGAUACAGAUACAGACAGAUACACAAAACAUGUCCGGACCCUCGACUAUCACAGCAGCAUCUCAGAUCAAUUCAUUUUCAACUUAGAUGUAAUCCACAUGAUACAUGAUGUGGAAAUAAAAGCAAGUACAUACAUCUUCACCUUCUCAUCCCUCGUGAUCGGACCACUGUUGUGCCCUGCUGGCUUUCUAUGGAGAAACUAUUUCACCCGUAAUCCUGCAGAAGGCUUUAUUCUCGCCUUAGAAUUGAAAAUCUGUUUUAUUUUUACAUGUAAAAUGUCUCCUAUUGAUAUGGAAACCCAAACGAAAUCCCUCUCUCAUUUAGUCAGCCCAUACAGUCAUGCAUUAGAGGUUCAGAUGUUUGUGAAUAACAGCUAAUUAGUGCGGUCGAAACUAUUAUUAUUUAGUUGAAAUUUUAGUCAUGUCCAGCCACUUUUUUAUUAAAAACCGGGACAUAAAAUGACAAAACCGAGGUACAAAGUGACAAAACGAGACACAAAAUGACAAAAACGAGACAAAGUGACAAAACUAAGACACAAAAUGACAAAAAUGAGACCCGAAAUGACAAAAACGAGACACAAAAUGGCAAAAACAAGACAGGAAAUGACAACACUGAGGCACAAAAUGACAAAACUGAGACACGAAACGACAAAAUCAAGACACAAAACAACAAAAAAGAGAAGGAAGCGACAAAACUGAGACACAAAAUGACAAAAACAAGGCACAAAAUGACAAAAACAAGACAGAAAAUGACAAAAACGGGACAGAAAAUGACAAAAUCAAGACACAUGACAACAAAAACAAGACAGGAAACGACAAAACUGAGACAUAAUGACAAAAACAAGACACGAAAUGACAAAAUCAAGACAUAAAACAACACAAACAAGACAGGAAACGACAAAACCGAGACACGAAACGACAAAAUCAAGACACAAAACAACAAAAAAGAGAAGGAAGCAACAAAACUGAGACACAAAAUGACAAAAACAAGGCACAAAAUGACAAAAACAAGACAGAAAAUGACAAACGGGACAGAAAAUGACAAAAUCAAGACACAUGACAACAAAAACAAGACAGGAAACGACAAAACUGAGACAUAAUGACAAAAACAAGACACGAAAUGACAAAAUCGAGACAUAAAACAACACAAACAAGACAGGAAACGACAAAACCGAGACACGAAAUGACAAAAUCGAGACACAAACAUACAAAACAAGAUACAAAAUGACAGAAACAAGACAGGAAACGACAAAGCCGAGACACCAAACGACAAGAAUGAGACAGAAUGCCAAAAAUGAAACAGGAAACGACAAAGCAAACAAAAUCCCUCUCGUUCAGUCAGCCCUUAUAGUCAUACAUUAGAGGUUCAGAUGUUUGUGAAUUACCGUAUAUGGUCAAAAAGAAGGGAAACACCUAUUGUUAUUUUGCAGUUUUCUCCUCCUAUUACCACUUUUAUCAAUUUACAGUGGCUGUUUUCUCACAUCUUGCUUGUCUGCUCGCUUGCGAUGGGUGUUUCCUUUAUCUUGACAAUACCCUGUUUAACCUCGACACGCAUCUUAUCAGCCUCUAUAACAGCCUGGAUGUAAGAAAACCGUAAGCUUAUGCUCCCGUAUGACAUAUUUGCUCAAUAAAAAAAAUCAUCAAAUUGCCACUUACAGUGAUACGAAACAAUACAAUGUGAUAGUGAAUGCUUGGUUUUAAUAGAUAAAAGGAAUGACACCAACUUUGCAUUCAUUUUCUUCCAAAUGUGGGAUAUUUUGUAAGAUAACAGCUCAAUUUAAAGGUGUUCUCCCACAGGCGCAACAUCAAAUUAACACUAUUAUUACUCCCUAUAUGGUAGAUUACUUGUGUUAAUGUAUGAAAUGAAGAUUUACAGUGAGAAGGGUCGACUGAACUGCACAUAAUUAGGAGAAAGGAUGUCUUAGUCUUAGACAACAUUCACUGGAUGACUGUAUUUUACUGUACGUGCCGCUUGUUGCUGUGAUUCUUUGGGCCUCUUCAGAAAUCAGUCCUCAAACAUGUCUCAACAGCGGUUCAGGAAUCCAAAACUGUUCAUUCUAAACCUAAAAGUUUACAUUAAACUUUUCUUUUUAACACAUAGCUUACUCAGAUUAACUCUGUGAACUUUACUUUCCAUUCUUACCUAUAUAUAUAUAUAUAUAUAU